AUGGAUCCUAAUCAUUUUCAUUAUCAACAAGCUAUGUUCAAUUUUAUGCAAAAUUAUCAAAAUCCUAAUUCUCAAAAUUCUCAAAUUCCAUCCGUACCACCAAACCCCGCCAUAUUUUUUCCGUCACCAAACAAUUCAAAUAUGUAUCAAAAUCCUAAUCCUCAAAAUUCUCAAGUUCCACCAUUUUCUACUCAAGAUCCAAUUGUGGGGGUUGAUCAAAAAGUUGAGAGUUUUUGGCAUAGAGUCGCUGCAAAUUAUAACCAGUAUCGUGGGCAAUUGCGAGAAAAGUUAAGUGGUCAAUUAAAAUGUCGAUGGCAUCGAAUAAAUGCGUCGGUUCAAAAAUUUGUUGGGUGUUAUAGACAAGCUGUCAAUGGAAAGAAAAGUGGGACAUCAGAGAACGAUAUCAUGGCUGCUGCACAUGCUUUUUAUGCUCAAGAUCAAGGUAUAACAUUCAAUCUUGAGUAUGCAUGA